AUGACGGUUCGUGAGAAGAAAAAAUUGGUGGAAUUUCCGAGUUUAGGAAGUUUUUCGCAAUUUUAUAAAGGGUAAGUGUUAUAUCUGACUUUGUAAUUGAAAAUAAUCGUAAAUUUUGAGCUAAAAAUCACGAUCCUGUUGUUAAAAACUGUGAAAAUCAAGUCUAAACAAGAGUUAUGACGUGGCAAAUUUCGAAAAUCAAAAUUCCAACUUAUAAGGGAGUUUUUUCAACUCAAAAUUGAUUUUUGGUAAAUUUUGACAUGAAAAUCACGAUUCUGCGUUCAAAAACUGUAAAAAUCAACUCUGAAUAUGAGUUAUGACGUGGCAACGUUGAAAAAUUUCGAUUUGAGGAGGUAAAAGUGAUUUUCACGAAAAUCUUGGGAAAAUCCUCCUCAAGUCGCAAUUUUUCGAUUUUGCCACGUCAUAACUCAUAUUCAGAGUUGAUUUACAUAGUUUUUGAACGCAGGAUCAUGAUCUCCAGGUUAGAAUUUACCAAAAAUCAAUUUUGAGUUGAAAAAGUUGCCUUGCGAGUUGGAAUUUUGAUUUUCGAAGUUUGCCACGUCAUAACUCAUGUUUAGACUCGAUUUUCAGAGUUUUGACGGCAGAAUAGUGAUCUCCAGGUUGAAAUUUGCUAGAAAUCGAUUAUUUUCAAUUACUAAGUCAGAUUUCAGCCCAAAAAAUGCUAGAAGACCUAAGAAUCUCCCCAAAAUCAAUACAAAAAUUUUGCAGCCGCUCAAAAUUCGCCGAAACUCUCACCAACACAAUCGCCGAUGUCUACGAAUGGUCAACCAAUCUACAACCCUCUUCCGACAAUCUCCCACUUCCUUUUGUGUCGAAAAACGACGAAGUUAUCUGGUCUUAUUUGAAGCAUCAAAAUCGACAAUUGGAGGGGUUCAAUAGGAGAUAUAAGGAUGUUUUGGGGGAGUUGAGUGGGAAAGAGUUUAUUGAAGUGAAGCAGAGAAGAUCGGAGGAGGAGGAAGAAGAUCUAGAUGAGGAGGAUGAAGAUCAGGAAGAAGAUCUAGAUGAGGAGGAGCUUGAAGACGAGGAAGAUCUAGAAGACGAGGAGGAUGUAGAUCUUUUUAACUUGAAAGAUUCUGAUUUGAAGAAUCUUGACGCUGAUUUGAAAGCGAUGGAAGAAUCAGAUUCAGAUGAUCAAGAAGAAAAUGAAAUUUCGAAGGCAGAACCUCCCAAAAAAUAUCGCAAAAGCAUAGUUGACGAUGCAUUCUUCAGUCUGGAAGAGAUGAAUAACUUUCUGGAGAAAACUGAGAGAGCUCCUGGAACUCAGGAGCAGAUGUUUGAGGAUGAGGAUGAUUGGGAUGGCAAGACGACCUAUACCUAUGAGGAUUUUUUUGGCGCCCGGGAGGAGGUUGAGGAAGCACCGGUUGGGAAGAAGAAGAGAAAAGCUGAAGCUGAAGAAGUUGCCAGUGAGAAGAAGAGGGUUAGAUUUGCGAUGGAUGAGGAGGAGCAAGAAGAUCCAGAGGAAGAUCAAGAUCCAGAGCCAGAAGAUCAAGAGGGCCCGGUUUUGUUGGGAGGGGAUCUAGAAGCAGAAGAGAACGAGGAGAGCGAAUAUUCUAAGCGACAAAAGAAGAUGCGACAGCAAAUCGCCAAGUUGGAAGAGGAGAAUUUGAAGCCGCGCAAUUGGGAAUUGUCGGGAGAGGUGGCGGCGGAGCAGAGGGAGAAGAAUACGUUGUUGGAGCAGCAUGUGGAUUUUGAUCAUGGAGCGAAAAGAGGUGAGAAAAUUGGACAUUGGCUCAAUUUUAAACGUGGAGUGCGAGAUAAAACUUGAAUUUUUGCACGGUUUUUAUUAAUUUUGAAAAGUUUUCAUUAAAAAUCCUUCGAGGAAUUUACUAAUUGCAAUUUUCUAUCGUACUCCACCUUUAAAGGGACAUACAAAAAAAACACUAGAAAAAAUUGUCAAAUUAAAAAAUUUUCAAGCUUCAAAAUGCUAUUGUAUUUACUGUAAAAAUUUAAAAAAAAAUGGAAACUAAUUUUUUUGCCAUGUGGCAAUUUCUAUUUCAUUUUUUUAAAAAACUGGGUUUUUGAACUGAAGAUUCUCUAGGAAGUCACGAACUUUCAAAAUAUCAGUUAUGACGUGGCAAAUUUGGAAAACAUUCAUUUUCAAAUCGAAAUUCUGACUGAUAAGCUUGAAAUGGAACUUUUUCAACUCAAAUUUGAUUCGAAAAAAACUUUGAAAAAUGAUUUUAAAAUCAUAUUUCAAUUUGUAAGCUUACAAGGGAACUUUUUUCAACACAAAAUUGAUUUCUAGCAAAUUUUGACCUGGAAAUCACGAUUCUGCCGUCGAAAAUUGUAAAAGUCAACUCUGAGUAUGAUUUAUAACGUGGCAAAGUUGAAAAAUUUGCGAAGAUUUUCGUGAAAGUCGCAAUUUUUCAACUUUGCCACGUCAUAACUCAUAUUCAAAGUUGAUUUUCAUAGUUUUCGACCACAGGAUCGUGAUUUUCAGCUCGAAAUUUACUAGAAAUCAAUUUUGAGUUGAAAAAGUUCUCUUACAAGUUGGAAUUUCGAUUUGAAAAUGAUUUUUCGAAAUUUGCCACGUCAUAACUCAUGUUUAGACUCGAUUUUCACAGUUUUAACGACAGGAUCGUGAUUUUCAGCUCAAAAUUCACCAGAAAUCAAUUACAACAUCAAAUUUCAGCCCAAAAGGCUUUCCUUGAGAUUUUUUCACAUGUUCAGAAUUCAAAAAUUGAUUUUUUGCAGCUCCCGAAGUCACCGAAGAAUUCACCGAUAAACUCGAAGAACUCAUCAAGCAACGAAUUCGCGACAAAGCCUUCGAUGAUGUGGUUCGUGUCAAGAAAAUCGAGAAUAAGGGAGCAAAAUUCGAAACGGAAGCUUUGGAAAAUAUCCAUAAUCAGAAGACGACUUUGGCUGAAGUUUAUGAGAAGGAAUAUCAGGAGAAAACCGAGGGAAAUUCAGGAUCUGAUGGAAAAAGUGUGGUAAAUGAAGCUCACGAGAAUAUCAAAUCAAAAAUGAGCGAACUUUUCGGAUUAAUCGACACACUCACACAUUUCGAAUAUAAACCAGCUGAUGCGAGAGAAGAUGUCAAGAUUGUCACGAAUAUUUCGGCGUUGAGAAUUGAAGAAGUUGGUGCGAUGGCCUCGUCGGAAGGACAAUUGAUGGCGCCGGAAGAAGUGGCGAAGAAAAUGAGAGCGGCUGAAUUGAAGGGUGAAGAGGAACGAGAGAGAACGGAUAAAUUGAGGGAGAGAAGGAAGAAGAAGAGCAAACAGAGGUGAUUUGGGCGGGGAAUUUGAGGAAAAAUCUGAAUUUUCAGUCAGAAUUUUGAACUGUUCAGAAUUCUGCUAGUAAUUUGAAUUUUUGCCACAGAAAAAAAUACGUUUCAAAAUCUAAAUUUUAUUUUUGAAUUUUGGGAGUUGCCGCUUCACUCAAAUUUAUUGUUUCUGAAUCCAAGUUCUUCUGAUUUGAAUUUUGGGAAUUAUCAAGAUUUCUAGAUCCCGCUGAAAAUCUGAAAAUUUCAAAUUUUUGAAAUUACAAAACAUGAGAUUUUCUGGAUUUUCAAAUACGAAGAACUUUAGUAGCAAUUUUCAUACAGUCAAAAAUUCAUCUAAUAAUUUUGAAACGUAUUUUUUUCUGAAGCCAAAAAUUCAAAUUUUGAAUUUUUAAAUCAGAAUUCUAAAAAAAAACCAUUGCUCAUGUUAAAGACACACAAUCCACUAGAAAUGAACAGAAAAUGAGUUUGUUAUUCUUUCAUAACACCUUUCAAGUAAUCGGAAUUCAUAAAAAUCAAGAAAAAAAUUUUGAGUCUGGCAAAAGUGAAAAAAACAAAAUAAUUGUUUUUGAAAUCGAUCAGCCGACGGGAUUUUCGAAAGAGUUUGCACACAACGAAGCAAUAGAGCGCACAUGCUGUUUUUGUCAUUUGAAAAUAAAUGCGGGAAAUCUGUUUUUUCCAGUGGCUGAUGUGUCUUUAACUUCAAAAAUUCAAUUCAAAAUUUUGGAAUUUUCAAGAAAAAAAAAUUUGAUUUAAAAAUGAAGAAAGAUGAAAUCAGAAAUUUCCAACACUCAAAAAUUCAUCUAAUAAUUUUGAAACGUAUUUUUUCUGGAACAAAAAAUUGAAAAUUUGAAUUUUUGAAUCAGAAAAAAAACAUUGCUCAUGUUAACUUCAAAAAUUCAAGUCAAAAUUUUGGAAUUUUCAAGAAAAAUAUGAAUUUCGUCUAGAAAAAUUUUGAAAAUAUUAAAUUUGCUGUCAAAUUUUUGAAUUUUUUUUUCAAAAACGCCUACAGUAAUCUAUUUCCUCUGAAAAUUUGUCAGAAAAUUCCAGAAAAAUGGUUUCAAAAUUUUUUUUUAAAAUGAAGAAAGAUGCAAUCAGAAAUUUCCAAAUUUGAAAAACUCAUCUAAUAAUUUUUAAACGUAUUUUUCAUAGGAAAUUUUUAAGAUCAUUUCAAAGUUUAUUUUUCAGCCCGAAAAUAAAUUUUUAAAAAAAUAAAUUUGAAUUCGGGAAAAGACAGAAAAUUUUUUGAAUCUAAUACUAUGAAAAUUCUGAUUUUAAAAUCAAAUUUCGGACAAUUUUUUAAAGAUUUAGAGACAUUCUGCGAUAUAGACAUUAUAGAAAAAUUGGCUAUUUCAAACAGUCAAAAAUUCAUCAAAAAAUUUUGAAACGUAUUUUUUUCUGGAACAAAAAAUUCAAAUUUUGAAUUUUUUAAAUCAGAAAAAAACCGUUGCUCAUGUUAACUUCAAAAAAGGGACGAAAAAUUCAAAAUUCGAGUUUUCGUAUUAGAAUUCUCAAAAACCCAUUGCUCAUGUUUAUCUCAGGCAUUGCUCAGAUUAAAAUCGUACAAAAGUCUGAAGCAGCUCUGAAAAUGUAUUACUGUAGGUGUUUUAAAGGAACACUGGAUUUUUGAGCUCGAAAUUAUUUUUUCUGAAAAAAAUUAAAUUCGUGGCCAAACUCAAACAUAAAAUUUUCUAAAACAAUGUCAUUGCUCAUAUUAAUUGCUCAUUUUCUUCUUUCAGAGCUCUCGUCGAAAAACUCGGAGAAGAUCGCGUUUUCGGCGAACAAAAAGCCGCAAAACUCGCCAAAAAAACAGCCAAAGAAAAUGGCGGAGCAGGAAAAGCUGAAAAAUUGAAGAGCUCGAAUUUCUUCUCGAAACUUCAGGCAACUGUGCAACAGGAGAAAUCGACGAAAACCACGAAGAAAAUUGUGAAACGUGUGAAGAGUGAGAAGAAUAGUGCGGCCAUUAAGCUAUAA